CACUGGGCUCGCGUAACCAGAUGCUGGAUAGGCAUACUUUAGCGCAUUUGGGGGAUUCCCCGCGGAUUCGAGGGAUGAUACCGCAUGAUCGAGCUGCUCUUUCAGCUUUGGCUGACCUCGCUCACAGGGAAUAUCAGGCUGGCAACUACGAACUAGCAGAGCAUCACUGCAUGCAGGUGUGGCAUCAAGAGCCAGAAAAUACGUCUACACUCCUUCUUUUGAGCUCAAUUCACUUUCAAUGUCGUCGUAUGGACAAAUCAGCAUACUUCAGUCAACUCGCCAUUAAACAAAAUCCGUUGAUGGCAGAAGCUUAUUCCAAUUUGGGUAAUGUUUUUAAGGAGCGUGGACAACUGAAAGAAGCUAUCGACAACUAUCGCCACGCUUUAAACAUUAAGCCCGAUUUCAUUGAUGGAUACAUCAAUUUGGCUGCGGCUUUGGUGGCUUUCGGCGAUACGGAAUCUGCUGUUAGUGCCUACGCAACAGCUUUGCAGUACAACCCGGAUUUGUACUGCGUGCGGAGCGAUCUAGGAAAUCUUCUCAAGGCCCUUGGUCGACUAGAUGAGGCCAAAUCGUGCUAUCUGAAGGCCAUCGAAACCUGCCCAACGUUUGCGGUUGCUUGGAGCAACUUAGGUUGCGUUUUUAAUGCCCAAAACGAAAUAUGGCUUGCUAUUCACCAUUUCGAGAAGGCGGUAACUCUGGAUCCAUCAUUUCUUGAUGCAUACAUAAAUCUGGGAAACGUUCUUAAGGAGGCAAGAAUUUUCGAUCGUGCAGUAGCAGCAUAUCUCAGAGCUCUCACUUUAGCUCCGAAUCACGCUGUAGUACAUGGGAAUCUUGCUUGUGUCUACUACGAACAGAACCUUAUCGACCUGGCGAUAGAUACAUACAGGCGAGCGAUUGACCUCCAACCCAAUUUCCCUGAUGCUUACUGUAACUUGGCAAACGCCUUGAAGGAAAAGGGUAAAGUGUCGGAGGCAGAGGAGUACUACAACACCGCACUCAGUCUCUAUCCUUCCCAUGCUGAUUCGCUUAACAAUCUUGCCAACAUAAAGCGAGAACAAGGUCGCUCUGAGGAGGCAAUUCGACUGUACCUAAGGGCUCUGGAAGUAUAUCCCGACUUUGCCGUAGCGCACUCCAAUCUGGCUAGUAUGCUACAGCUGCAGGGCAAAUUGCAGGAGGCUCUUCGUCACUACCGCGAGGCCAUCAGAAUCUCUCCGACUUUCGCAGACGCCUACUCGAAUAUGGGUAAUACUUUGAAAGAGCUGCAAGAUGUUAGCGGUGCAAUGCAAUGUUACCAGCGGGCUAUUCAGAUCAACCCAGCCUUUGCAGAUGCCCAUUCGAACUUAGCCAGUAUUAUGAAAGACGGCGGAAAUUUGGCGGAGGCCAUCAACUCUUACAAGACGGCCUUGAAGCUGAAGCCAAAUUUUCCGGAUGCGUUCUGCAACUUGGCGCAUUGUAUGCAGAUCGUGUGUGACUGGAGUGACUAUAAGGAGAGAAUGAAGAAACUGGUGAGCAUUGUUCAAGAGCAGUUGGAUUCGAACCGUUUGCCCUCCGUACAUCCUCAUCACUCCAUGCUCUACCCGUUUAGUCAUGCACAGAGAAGGCGGGUUGCAGGUAAACAUGCUGCUUUGUGUCUAGAAAAGGUGGCCAUUUUGCAUCAUCCACCUUUCCGUUUCAUGAAGCGGCAAUCUAACCAACGUCUUCGUAUUGGGUAUGUCAGCUCAGAUUUCUGCAAUCAUCCGACGAGCCACCUAAUGCAGAGUGUGCCUGGGUUUCAUGAUCGCUCACGAUUUGAAAUAUUCUGCUACUCUCUCUCUCCUGACGAUGGCACAACUUUCAGAGCUAAGGUGAAUCGCGAAGCUGAACACUUUGUUGACCUAAGCACCAUUGCAUGCCACGGAAAGGCCGCGGAUCGGAUUGCAAGUGACGGGAUCCACAUUCUUCUUAACAUGAAUGGGUAUACCAAAGGUGCUAGGAACGAGAUCUUUGCCCUUAAGCCUGCUCCAGUACAGGCUAUGUGGUUAGGUUAUCCCGGCACCAGUGGGUCGCCUUUCAUGGAUUUCAUAAUAACGGACAGUGUCACCUCGCCACUACAUUUGGCAGAGCAGUAUUCAGAAAAGCUAGCUUACAUGCCCAAGACCUUCUUUAUUGGUGAUCAUGCGCAGAUGUUUCCGCACAUGCGAAAUCGCAUUAUUAUCGAAAGUGCUGAGGAAGUGGCGGGAGGUCUCAGAACAAGCGACACUUCAAUGGUUGCUUGCGGAACUGAUAUUAAGCCUCUGCUUUCUGUGGGCACGAUGAGGGAGAUGAUCUACGGCGGUCGAGUUGCUGAGCCAAGUGGUCCUGCCAUCAAGGAGAUUCCGCAUUAUAUCAAGAUUCAAAUUCUCACGGUCCCAUCAUUACAGCCUAUUAGAGAAAUGAUAAGAGUCAACGCAGCAUCAUGCACGCUGAAUAGCGUAGUUUUGCAAAAUGGGUUUACAACACAACAAACUCAGUCUCGGGCUUCAGCAGGUGAAGAGAUUCCAGCAAGCAUUAUCAUUACCUCGCGGCAACACUAUGGGCUGCCAGAGGAUGCAGUUGUAUUCUGCAACUUUAACCAACUCUAUAAGAUCGACCCACCAACGAUGAAGAUGUGGGUGGAGAUUUUAAAAUUGGUUCCUAACUCGGUUCUCUGGUUGUUGCGUUUCCCAGCAGCUGGUGAAGCAAAUGUCAUGACUGCUGCUGCUGACUUUGGUCUUCAAAACCCGCACCGCCGUAUCAUCUUCAGCAAUGUUGCUCCGAAGGAAGAACACGUGCGUCGUGGGCAAGUUGCUGAUGUCUGCCUUGACACACCACUUUGCAAUGGUCACACAACGGGCAUGGACGUGCUUUGGGCUGGGUGUCCAGUGGUGACUCUUCCUCUUGAAACCCUAGCAAGUCGGGUGGCUGCUAGUCAGCUCUAUUGCUUAGGCUGUCCGGAGCUAGUUGCCAAGUCGGCUGAGGACUACGUUCGAAUAGCAUCCAAGCUGGGCAAUAAUCGCGAAUAUUUGCAUGCCAUCAGAGCUAAGGUGUGGAAAUUGAGAGAAACUUCGCCUCUGUUCAACUGCCGGCGGUAUACCGCCGAUUUGGAACUCCUGUACGAGCGUAUGUAUCAGCAGUACGAAUCUGGCCAACCAUUUACCCACAUUACCGAUUGGAGUGAAAGAUCAAGAGAACAAUAA